AUGCGGCUCCUACUCCUCACUGCGGCCGUAUUGUUCCUGAGCCUCCAAGCCGAAGGUAUUCCAUCUAGAGUCGUUUGCUACUUCAGCAACUGGGCUAUCUACAGGCCGGGCGUCGGCAAAUACGGAAUCGACGACAUUCCCACGGAAUUAUGCACGCACCUCGUCUACUCCUUCAUCGGCGUGAAUAAUGCAACUUGGGAGGUGCUGGUCCUGGACGAAGAGGUCGACGUAGAGAACGGUGGUUUCGAGAAGUUCGUUGCCUUGAAGACGAAGCAUCCGAAUGUUAAAUUCCAGGUGGCCGUUGGUGGUUGGGGAGAAGGCGGCGAUAAGUACUCGGCCCUUGUAGGACACAAGUCGCGUAGAGACACCUUCAUAGCUAGCGUUGUACAAUUCAUGAACACCUAUAAAUUCGAUGGCUUCGAUCUGGAUUGGGAGUAUCCUGGAGCCACGGACCGCGGCGGCACCUUCGCCGACAAGGACAGGUUCUUCUACUUCGUAGAGGAGUUACGCAGGGCCUUCGAUAAGGAAAACAAAGAAUGGGAAAUCACCAUGGCUGUACCCAUAGCCAAAUUCAGAUUGGAUGAAGGCUAUCACGUACCAGAGCUUUGCGAAUUAUUGGACGCCAUACACGUGAUGAGCUAUGAUUUGAGGGGUAAUUGGGCUGGAUUUGCUGAUUCGCAUAGCGCUUUAUAUAAAAGAGACCACGACCAAUGGGCUUACGAAAAAUUAAAUGUUCAUGACGGUUUGAAGCUCUGGGUAAAUUAUGGAUGCUCUCCUAAGAAACUGGUUGUUGGUAUUCCGUUUUAUGGAAGAUCAUUCACUCUGAGUCAAGGAAACAAUAAUUACAAUUUAGGUACAUACAUUAAUAAGGAAGCUGGAGGAGGAGCGCCUGGGCCUUAUACAAACGCAACUGGAUUUUUGGCUUAUUACGAAAUUUGCACAGAGGUUCAAGAUGAUAAUAAAGGCUGGACCAAAAAAUGGGAUGCUCAAGGAAAGGUGCCUUACACUUACAAAGGAACUCAAUGGGUUGGCUACGAGAACCCUGAAAGUGUACAAAUAAAAAUGGAUUAUAUUAAAGAGAUGGGCUAUGGAGGUGCAAUGACUUGGGCAAUAGACAUGGACGACUUCCAUGGGCUUUGUGGUCCGAAAAACGUCCUCAUGAAUAUUCUACAUGCGAACAUGAAAUCCUAUGAUGUUCCUGAACCCACGGUCUCAACCACGCCUCGGCCGGAAUGGGCCCGUCCACCCACGACCCAAGGAACCGGCCCAUCACUGGUCCAGACAACCCGCAAGCCAACGACUGUACAUCAGAUCCCCACGACGAAAUACACAACAACAACCAUGAAGUCAACAACCUUGGUUGUGGAGUACCCAGAGACAGAAGUCGAGGAACUGGAGGAAAUUCCAGAGGAGAUCGAUAACAACGACAUUGAUUGCUCCGACCAAGACUUCAUACCUCAUCUGGACUGCGGGAAGUACUAUCGUUGUGUUCAUGGUAAGCCAAUGGUCUUCGAAUGUCGGCCAGGAACUGUUUAUCAAGUCAACAGCCACAUAUGUGAUUGGCCAUCCAAUGCCGACAGGGACGAAUGCAAACAAUAAUUAU